GUCCCAUUAAAAUAUUGACAAGCAGCUCAAGACCUUACUUAGAAAAAAAAAAAAAAUAAAAAUAAACACACGUGUUUUAUCAAACUUUAAAUUGAAUAUAACUAUCACAUUGAAAUGAGUGCCCAAGAGUUUGGGAGAGAAGUCCUGAAUGCCCAUAACACCUACAGGGCACUUCACGAUGCUAAGCCCUUGACGUUGAGUCCCAAACUUAAUCAAUUAGCCACCCAAUGGGCACAGCAUCUCUUGGCCACAAAUUCUAUGCAACAUCGUCAGAAUUCUGGUUACGGUGAGAAUAUAUAUAUGGCUUCGGGUGGUAAUCUAAGUGGCACUGAUGCUGUACGCUCCUGGUAUAAUGAAAUCAAUCAAUAUAAUUGGCAGAGGCCUUCAUUUCAAAUGAAUACCGGCCAUUUCACUCAAGUGGUUUGGAAAAAUUCUACCGAAUUGGGCGUUGGAUUUGCCAAAAGAGGCAAUACCAUGUUUGUGGUUUGCAAUUACAAUCCACCUGGCAAUUAUAAUAACAUGUACAGAGAAAAUGUUUCACCCAGAAGGCAUUAGGAAAUAUAAGAAACAAAUGCCAUAACAUUCAAAUAAUUUACAAAGUAUUAUAUUUUAAUUAAGACAAUAAUAUACAAAUACAGGACAAAUAUAUA